ACCACCAAAAGACCACCACAUUCUCUCUCUCUCUCUGUGUCUCUGUCUCUGAGAGGAGACGUGGUUACCUUCUAUUGGAUCUACGCCAUUCCGGCGUUAAGCUCUGUUCAACUGCUUCCGGAGCGAGCGCCGAGAGGGUUCUCUUCUCUCGGUGGAUUGGCGUCCAUCAAUCUGGCAAACUUCAGCUUCACCAGGGAGGGUUUGGAGGAAACAUUCAGUGAAGCUUCUGGAGAGAAGCUGCUGGGAUUACAACUCUGGCCUUCGCUGUAGUGGUAUUUUCUGGAGCCAGAGCAGGCGUCGGCCCUUCGCGUUCUGGGCUUCAGUCCUAUAUCGAUUUUGCUCGCUUUCUGGUUUGGUGUCUUCCCAUUGAUUAUGGUUAACGUUUGAUUUGAUCUUGUUGUCUCUGAUGUGAUCUCCACGUAAGAGCAUCUGAUUGAAAGAGUUCGAUAGAGGAAAGUCAGCGGAGAUGUGACCAUCAUUUUGAUAAGAGGGAAGUGUUCGAAUACCAUUCGGUUGAACUUUAGAGAGGAAGUAAGAGAAAUAAGUAUAACUUACACAACUUCACGAGCUUCCCUUCUUAGCUCGGUCACGCCUUCAAGGUAGUGUCUGUAAUAUCGGGUGAUGGCUAAGCUUAACUGCUUUUCCGGGUUCAUGGGGAGGAAGAAGAAGGUUGUUGAGGAAACGACCAUAGUCAAGGAUAAGGCAGUACAAGUGACUCUUGAACAUCCCGUGAAACCAUGUAAGGCUGAUGAGUUGAAAUUGACGACUUUCAGUGUGUCAGUUCCUUUCGGUGUUGAGGAGAAUUCGAAAUGCAAUGUUAGGAUCGUGAGUGAUGAGAGGCCGCUUGUGGUUGAUUCAGCUGAGGUAGCAUAUGAGGGGGAAGACGAGCAUGAAGAGCACGUCUCCAUCAAGAGGGACUUCUCUGAUUUAGAUCUCCAAUCACAUGUAGCUAAUAAUUUGGUCGGAGAAGAAUCUCAUUCAAGCAAGGGAAAGAUGAUAUCUGGCGACCUUGUUUACACCGAUUUGGAUUCUCCAGAGAUUAAAUCUGGAAAUUUUGUGGAAAGGGAUAAUGACAUGAUUCAAAGUGGACAUGUGAGUGAUCCAGGGAUGAGGAAGGCAGAGUUCUGGGGUUCCCCGAUGCUUAAGCGCUCUUGUUCUGGUUUAGAUACAAGGGAGGUGAUGCGAACGCUAGCAGAUCAAUUGCCUCCAUCCAAAUCUCAGUCAUUCAAAGAGCUGCAGGGCUUAUCGCGUGGAGUGAGGGAGGAUAUUAUUCCAGGUAGCCCAGUGUCGGUGAUGACACGCUGCAGCGCUGAUAAAGUAAUGUUGAAAAAGCAUUCGUCUAGCCAGGUUCUUCCUUCAAGAAGUAGGAGAUUGUGGUGGAAGCUGUUCCUCUGGAGCCACAGAAACAUGCAAAAGCCUCAGAAUAAAAAACCAAAGCCAAUUCCUGCUUUGGCCGCUAUCAACCAGCAAGGAGGCUACUCUUCCGACACUAUUGAGCCUAACAGGGCAUUCAAGUUUGGCAAGAUGGAAUCACCAGGAUCAUUUACAGAAGAAUCCAUAAACCAAGUUGAAUAUGAUAAUAAGAAUGAGAAAAAGGGCUGGGAUGGUCUCAGAGGCUCUUCUGGCCUAUGGCCUCAGAACCAAUGGGUCGCCUUCCCCGCAGAAUCAUCAUCGUUCAAAAGAGUAGACGAGUGGGUGAAGGAUCUAUGCAUUGAUACCUCCAUCGUGGAUGAUGAUGCUGAGAACAGUGAUGAGGCUAUCAUUUACCCGCCUUCACCCGAGACUAUCAGAUCUCCGACAAGGAGCGCCGUGCAUUUGCAUAGGCGUCAGGAUAUUAAUCUCUCGGAAGAGAUGCUGCAUGCAAAUAGCGUCAUCCAGACUCUCAAUUCUUCCUCCUCUGUGGCUCAUGUAUCCGGAAUGGGGUUGAAAGUCAUUCCCACCAUGUGUCUUUUCUCUAGUCUCAAGUCCGUCAACUUGUCAGGCAACUGCAUAGUUCGCAUUCCUCCGGGUUCGCUGCCCAAGGGGCUUCAUGUACUCGACUUAUCAAGGAACAAAAUCAAUGCUAUUGAAGGGCUUAGAGAACUGACUAGAUUGCGUACACUUGACCUCAGCUACAACCGCAUCUCUCGAAUUGGACAUGGGCUCUCAAAUUGUACAGUUAUCAAGGAGCUCUAUCUCGCCGGGAACAAGAUCAGCGAUGUGGAGGGUCUUCAUAGGCUGUUGAAGUUAACGGUCUUGGACCUCAGUUUCAACAAAAUAACAACCACAAAAGCUCUCGGCCAGCUCGUGGCUAACUACAGUACAGUGCAAGCUCUGAACCUCUUGGGAAAUCCAAUUCAUAGCAACAUCAGCGAUGACCAACUCCGCAAGGCAAUUUGCAGUCUCCUUCCAAAGCUUGUUUAUCUCAACAAGCAGCCCAUUAAGCAACAGAGGGCGGUAGACGUGCUCACUGAUAGCGUAGCAAAAGCCGCUGCUGGGAGCAGCAGCCGGGGAUCUUAUAGGAAAGCAGCAAAGAGAACGAGCCAAGUCGGGUUGCUCUCCUCCAGAGUCAACAAGAGCAGCGCCGGUGUCGGGAACAAGAGCAAGAACAAGUCAAAGAGCCAUUCUCACCACCAUUCGGCUCACAAAAAUGCAUCGUCUGCACUUGUUUCAACCCACUCACUGAAUCAUUCCCCUUUCCGAGGUGGAUGACUUUUGUUUCUGGAAUGAGCAUGCGAGGUCUCGCCAUGUUUCCAAAAUGCCGCCUUGUGGGUUACUUCGUCACGAUGUCGAGUUUGGUUCAAGAAAAACUAGUACGCUGGACUGUCUGUUUCGCCUGCUUUAGUUAUUGUUUCUCCAGUCUUUCAUGUUUAUGGUGAUCGAUCGAUGUUAUCCGAGUUACUUUGGAACGUCGAAUGUAAACUUGUACUUCAUUGCGCUGAGAAUAAUACGAGGUUCAGUAGAA